GGGGGAGGAAAAAGUGUCUCGAGCGUCUUUUUGGGUUCAGUCACGUGCCACGGUAACUCACUUCCUCUAUCUGCUACAUCUGUCUGUUUUCAUAAGUGUCACAGGUCUGGUUGAUACUGGAAAGGAAGUGUGAAUCGGGAAAGUAAUCCCGGAAGAGCGGGGAACCACGGAGGAUUUGGGGUGCGAACCACGUUGUCCUAAUGACACGUUGGCGAUAAAGCGUCGACUCGCAACAGGGGAUCGAAGGUCACAAAGCGUGGAAAGCCGUUCCCAUGCCUUAUUGUGGAAUCCCUAUUGUGGGAUAGGCAUCAAGGAGGAUCCUGCAGAUUUAAAAUAUCUCCUUCCCUAGAGGAUUAAAUUCUAAAACUUCUCCAAAUUUUUACACCAUUGGAUCUAAAUAAUUCAAAAAUUAAACGAGUUCCUUACCCAUAUUCCAUUUAGCUCACCAAUGAAACAGACUUCUCCUCCACGCUCGAUUAUCCACAACGCUCUCUCGCUUCUUCAUAUUAUCCGAUCGUGACGAGUGAAGAGAGAUAAUAACCAUGGAAGUUGGGAUACUGCGACAGAUAUUUAUUGGGAUCAUUUGCAAUCUUCUGAUCAUCGAUAGUGGAUUGAACGAGGGAUGGAGCACCCCUAUUAUACCAAAAUUCAAGCAGGACGACCCUUUGAAGGUGUCCGAUGACGAAAUAGUGUGGGUGGUGAAUUUGAUGUAUGUCGGGGUAGGUCUCGGCUCGAUUGUGCCGUUUCUUUUGAUGGACAGAAUCGGGCGUAAAGGAACGCUGUUGUUCGCCACGAUACCAAAGAUUGCAAGCUGGAUUUUGAUCGGCUUGGCAGCCAGCAUCGAGCAGCUUUACAUUGGCAGAUUGAUGGCCGGUGUAGGCUGUGGAAUAACGUACUCGGUGAUACCUAUGUACUUGGGCGAGGUUAGCAGCAAAAAGACUCGUGGCCCUUUAGGUACCGCGAUGGCCGUCCUCCUCAACACAGGGAUGAUGCUCGCCUACGCGAUCGGUUUGUGGACGAGCCGAUUCGCCAUGUCGAUGAUCUCCCUCUCCCUACCCGUCGCGUUCCUCGCGAUCUUCGUCUGGCUUCCGGAGAGCUCGGUGUUCCUCACCCGGAAGAACAAGCUAACGUCGGCCGAGAGGACGUUGAAGUGGGCCCUGGGCAAGGACGACGUGGUAGAGGAGCUCGAGGAGAUAAAGAGGAUCGUGGCGAGCGAGGAGAAGAACUCUGAGAGGAGCUUGGCGAGAUCCGUGAAAGAGUUGUUCACGAGGCGCGAGAAUCGUAGGGCGUUUCGAAUAGCCAUCAUUCUUCUGAGCGCGUUGACGUUGACGGGCGCCGCGCCCCUCCUCGCCUAUCAAUCGUUCAUAUUCGUGGAGGCGGGAUUCGAGGUCUCGACCAACGUUAGCAUCGUGNUGACCGGUUGCGCGAUCGUGAUCGCUGGCAGCGUUUGCGUGUCGGUGGUCAGGUUGACCGGCAAGAGAUUGCUGCUGCUUAUCUCCACCCCGAUCUGCGUCCUCUCCCUCGCCACGAUCGCGAUCUUCUUCGCCCUGUUGUCGACCGGCCACGACGUCUCGAUGCUGCGAUGGAUGCCCACAGUGUUCCUAGUGAUUUACGUGCUUGGAUACGGGCUCGCCCUCAACCCGAUCCCCCUCGCCUAUAUCGGCGAGAUAUUUCACAUGGACGUGAAGGCGCCCGCUGCCAUAUUCGCCUCCCUUUAUUACGCCAUCACCACAAUACUGGUGGUGAAGUUUUAUCAGGUACUGCAAGAAUCGCAAGGAACGUACAUGCCUGUGCUGGCGUUUACAGUGAUUACUCUGCUUAUAUGGUUACUGAUUUAUCGUUACGUGCCAGAGACCGAAGGAAAGACCUUGGAAGAGAUACAAAUAGAAUUGCGAAGAAAGAACUGACGAUUUUUAUUCGAUAUUAAAUUUGUAAAUUGUUCGACAAUAAAUGAUAUACGAUUUCUUUUUAAAUGGAAA